CGCCACCAGGUGGUCAAAUGACUUGGGUUGUGCAGUCACCUAGCAACCAGAUACAAAAAUGACUGAUGAGAAGGAGGCCGCUGAAUCUCUAGUGACAGAUUUACAGAAAAAAAUUACAGAAGCCUUUGAGGUUUUUGACCAUGAAUGUAACAAAACUGUUGAUGUCAGAGAGAUUGGAACAAUCAUAAGGUCUUUAGAAUGUUGCCCAACAGAAGGCGAACUCCAUGAUAUGAUUGCAGAGGUAGAAGAAGAAGAACCUACAGGGUACAUUCGUUUUGAAAAAUUCCUCCCCAUGAUGACUAAGGCAUUAAUGGAGAGAAGGUAUAGACCCAUUCCUGAAGAUAUUCUUCUCCGAGCCUUUGAGGUUUUAGAUGAAAAGAAAAAGGGAUACCUCACUAGAGAAGAACUUGUCAAAUAUAUGACUGAAGAAGGUGAACCAUUCACACAAGAGGAGAUGGAAGAGAUGGUGUCAGCUGCAGUGGAUCCAGAGAAGAAUGUUGUUCCAUACAGAGAGUAUGCUGCAAUGAUGACCAUUGAUGAUUAUUGAUAAUAAGUCAGUUUAAAAAAAACAGGAGGCAUUUUAAAACACGUACAUAGUACAAUUAUAUAUAAAGUGGUGUUUUUUAGACUUGAAGACUUUAAAUUCCCACUUGAAGACUUUGAAUUCCCACAGACUGCCCAGUUUUUUCAGUGGCCAUGCACAGGCAGAUCUAAGCUGCCAAAUUGGCCCCUUUAGACCAAUUCAGCAGCUUAUCUGCCUGUAUAUAGGGCCUCAAGGUUGAAAGAUCUUCACGUGUAUGGCCAGCUUUACAUAGUGCACCCUAAUGAGCCUUUGGCAAUCAAUACCAAAAACAGGACCAGAAACAUGUAUCUAUUUUUUCAAGUUAGAAGGUUAUAUUUGAGACAGUGGUUCACUGAACAGGCAUUCACAUAUAUAAAAAAUGAACAUAGACAUAAACAUAAAUAUUUUUUUGUAAUAUAAAUGUUUUUAACAAAUAAGGUUUAUAAUAAAACAAAUGAUUAUCAGA